GAGGAAGACAUUAGAGAGAGGGAGAGAGAGAGACGCUGGUGAGUGCUUGAGUGCGGCUCUACUAAUAUUUCCUAGCGGAGAAGAGGAGAAGACUGAACAGUCAACCAGAGAGAGGAGGACAGAGGAAGAGAAAGAGAAGGAGAAGAGCGGACGGUAACAAAGCUGCGUGAGACGCGCUCGCUUCUAGCAUCCGAAUCACAGCGCUGCUUUCACCGACGUAGCGGGCAGUAUCACCCCGCCUCCUGCGCAUCAUCCGCGGCUCCGCAUCGCAGCAGCCCGGGGAGAAGAUUAUCCGCAUUUUAGCGAGGCCCAGGCUGAGUGCCUCUUCUUCCUGUGAGAUAACCUGAACAGGUUUUGAUCCUGUUAUAAUCCAUCUGGAUCCCGAUGAUGGAGCACUUGCUUUGUCUGCUGGUCCUCAGUUCAGCAGCCCUGAAGGAGGCUGCUGGUGGAGACGUGUGUGUGUCGGGUCACGACAGCGGGCCAGUGUUUGAAGAACAGCCGAGCAGUUUGAUCUACCCAGAGGGCCUGAGUGAAGGCAAGGUGACCCUCAGCUGUCAGGCCAGAGCCAGUCCAGCUGCAUCCUACAGGUGGCUUGUGAAUGGCACAGAGGUCCCGCUGGGUUUGGACCCGCGCUACAGCCUGGUGGCCGGCAGCCUGGUGAUAAGCAGCCCUGAGUCUGUUCGAGACACAGGCUCCUAUCAGUGUCUGGCGAUCAACCGCUGUGGCACCAUCAUCAGUCGAGCAGCUAACCUCAAAUUUGGCUACCUCCAUGACUUCCCUCCAGACAGCAGGAGUCCUCAGACAGCAUAUGAAGGUGUAGGAACCUUCCUGGCCUGCCAGCCCCCUGCACAUUACCCAGCUCUGUCCUACCGCUGGUUAAUCAAUGAAUUUCCCAACUUCAUCAAGAAGGACGACGGCCGCUGGUUCGUGUCGCAGGUCACAGGGAACUUGUACGUGGCCAAAGCGGAGCCAAACGACACAGCAAACUACUUCUGCUUCACCACCAUCAACAUGGACAUCAGCACCAAGAGCACCUUCAGCAAAGCCAACCAGCUGACUGUGCUGCCUGAUGCCAAUCACAGGAAGUCAGCUCCGAGCAUCAAAGUGCGCUUCCCAGCAGAGACCUACGCCCUCGCAGGACACACCGCUCAGUUGGAGUGCUUCGCCUACGGAAAUCCAGUCCCAAAGCUGCGCUGGAGGAGGGUGGACGGUUUGAUGCCAUCCAAAGCGGGCUCCAGUGCUGAGGGUCCCACCCUCAUCCUGCCAGAACUCUCCUUUGAUGACGAGGGCGUUUACGAGUGUGAAGCCUACAACUCAGAGGGCAGCGACACGUACCAGGGACGCAUCAACGUGCAGGCUCAGCCGGAGUGGCUGCAGGUGAUGAGUGACUCAGAGGUGGAGAUCAGUUCGGAGCUUCAGUGGAGCUGUAUUGCUGCUGGUAAACCACGGACCUCCGUACGCUGGCUACGCAACGCUCAGCCACUUAGCACACAGGACCGGGUGGAGGUGAAUGGGGCUCGUCUUAAGAUCAGUAACCUGGCCCUGGAGGAUUCUGGGAUGUACCAGUGUGUGGCUGAGAACAAACACGGCACCAUCUACUCAACUGCUGAGCUCAGAGUCCAAGUUCAGGCUCCAGACUUCAGGUUGAAUCCGGUGCGGAGGCUGAUCCCAGCAGCCAGAGGGGGGCAGGUGAUGAUUGAGUGUCGCCCUCGAGCGGCCCCGAAGCCCAGCCUGUUCUGGAGCCGAGGGACCGAGCUGCUCACCAACAGCAGCAGAGUCACAGUAACUCCAGAGGGCAUCUUAUGGAUCCACAACAUCAGUAGGGCAGAUGAAGGGAAAUACACCUGCUUUGCUGAAAACUACCUGGGCAAAGCCAACAGCACCGGACACCUCUCUGUCAGAGAUGCCACUAAGAUUACACUCGCUCCUUCCAAUGCUGACAUCAACCAAGGCGAGAAUGUGACGCUACAGUGUCACGCCUCCCACGACCCCACCAUGGACCUGACCUUCACCUGGGCCCUCAACGGAGUCCCGCUGGACCUGGAGGACUCUAUGGGUCCUUACCACCGGGUGGAAGGGAAGGAAAACAUUGGUGACCUGUUGAUUGUGAACGCUCAUCUGAGUCAAGCAGGGAUGUACUCAUGCACAGCUCAGACUGUGGUGGACAGCGCCUUCGCUUCAGCUAAACUAGUGGUGCGAGGGCCCCCGGGACCUCCUGGAGGUUUACUGGUUAAGAACGUGGCUGAGACGUCAGUGGAGCUCAGGUGGAGUCGUGGCUACGAUAACCAUAGUCCUAUCGGCAAAUACAUCAUCAUGGGCCGAUCACUGCUCUCAGCGGAGUGGAAGAAGAUGAGGACAGACCCAGUGAACAUAGAAGGGAACGCUGAGUCAGCUCGUGUGAUGGGACUGAUGCCCUGGAUGGAUUAUGAAUUCCAGGUGAUUGCCAGCAACAUCCUGGGCAGCGGAGAGCCCAGCAUGCCCUCACACACCAUCCGCACACAGCAAGCAGCUCCCACAGUGGCCCCCAGUGGUCUCGGAGGAGGAGGAGGAGACCGCAAUGAGCUCAUUGUUACCUGGACGCCCAUGGCCAGAGAAUAUCAGAACGGCGAUGGCUUUGGGUACAUCCUGGCAUUCCGGAAGAAAGACACAGAAUCUUGGAUGGUGGUGCGUGUCCCUCAUGUGGAGUCAUCCCGAUAUGUUUACUACAAUGACAGCCUGACGCCGUACAGUCCCUUCGAGGUGAAGAUCAAAGCUUAUAACCGCAGAGGAGAAGGUCCCUUCAGUCAGAUCGCUGUGGUCUACUCUGCAGAGGAAGAGCCAACAGUGGGACCAUCAAACAUCAACGCCACGGCACUGACCGCCUUCGAGAUCCAGGUUUCAUGGGAGCCAGUCCAGCAGCUCAGCGCCAACGGCGUCCUCCGAGGAUAUGAGAUCAGGUACUGGCGGCAGCAUGAGCGGGAAGCGGCAGCAGACAGAGUGCGGACAGCUGGACUGGAAACAACAGCCAGAGUGUCUGGACUGAGACCCAGCACACGAUACCACGUCGCUGUGCUGGCAUACAAUAGUGCUGGCACCGGGCCGCCCUCGCCACGCACCACCAUCACCACCAGGAAACCACCUCCUAAUCGUCGUCCGGGCAACGUGUCAUGGAAGACCGAUGGCUCAUGGGUAACGGUGAGGUGGGAUCAUGUGAAGGCCAUGCACAACGAGUCUGCCGUGCUGGGCUACAAAGUUCUGUACAAACAUGAGGGCCAAACAGCGCUGAAGGUUCUGGACAAGUCCAAGACAUCAGUGAGCCUGCCACUGCCAAAAGACAACGGCUACGUGGUGUUGGAGAUCCGGUCCUGGGGCGAGGGCGGGGAUGGGCCAGCACACGAGAUUAUUGUGUCGCGGGACUCAGGCACUGGUAUGAUGGUGCAGAAUGAGGCCUCCUCCACUCUCUGCUGUCCUCUCCACCUCCUCUCUGGCUGGGUUUUCCUCUCUCUCGUGUUGUUGUCAGGCCUGUGAUCUCAGCCAACCGGCGGACUGUUUGCCUUCAACGGCUUGAAACUAAAGCUGUCCUGUGUCUCAGCCUGUGUUUUGGGUCACGGUGGGUUCUGGGAAGGUUGUAGCACUGCAGGGAUUUGACAGGUGAGGGAGGACAGGGAGGUUUGAGUUUUCAUUUUUUUUAAUAACAAAAACAAAGAGGGUCUUUUUUAAUAGAAAUUCUGACUGGGUUGGAAGGGUUUCAGGAUUUGGGAGACCGCAGCAGCCCUGUGUGGGUGUAUAUUUGUGUAAUGGUGUCAGUGAAACCAUGCCUUAUGGGGACCAUCACAUCCGCGGCUGACGCGUCUCAUACACGUGUCCUCCAAAGUGUAGCUGGCGAGACACAGACUUCAAGUGUAAAUUAUUCAUAGAAUCAAUGAUGUGUAUAACUUGUGUACAUACAGAGCAGUUGUACAUGUGACGGCUGUCACUCUGAGAGCAAAGUCUCUGAGCAUUGCUUGCCUCUCAUACAUUUUUCUCUGCUCGUAAUGUUCUGUCAUAAUCAUCUGGUUACUGUUCUUCACAUUUUGAGAAACUUUGAGUUUUAUAAUACAGCUGUCUAAUAUUGUAAAAACCCUUUGACACUGAGAGAAGUCACUAGAUUGUCCCAGAGAACAAUGAUUUGUACUUUAAGGUUUUAGAAUUAAAAAUGGAUGGAUAUAGACAUGUACUAUAGCCACUAAUACCCCUUUUUCACCCAAAGUUGUGUGUGUACAGUUUUUUAAACAUGAAUGACCUGCUAAAAAUAGGCGAUAGACUCACUGCCAGCAGAGUAGAGCUGUGUACAUGGCUAUGCAACAGAUGAGUGUGCCUUUCUGUGUGUAUUCAUCUUUUGGAUGUAUCUUUGCUAUCAUGAUGGACAUAUGGAUGUAUGAGGGCGGUGAUGGUUACAACAUUUGAAAUGACUAUUUAUUUGAGUAGAUUAAGGGAGUGGGCCAUAGUCUGUAUUUAAAGACGGGCAACAUGACAGUUUCCCUCAAAGUGUAGCUUCUCAGUGUGGAUCGCCCUCUGCUCUCUGGCUGCAGUAUAGAUUAUAAACCCUGCUCCCUCCAUCUUAUGAAUGGACAUAGGCCAAACUAAAAACUCAAAGUACACGCCAAAUAAUUUUUUAUGUAGGAUGGUUUCGGUCACAGAAAGUAGUUCUCAUCACCCUGAUGUUUGUUCAAGUGUUUGUUUUUAUGAUAAGUUUGGUUUGUGCUCCGAAUGAUGUAACCAGAGCAAGAUGGCAGCGGCCGUAUAGAGGAUUUUUUAGCCUCACUUAAGCAGAGAGGGAGUAAGUCGGGGUGCAUCGUCCGUCUUUUUAUACAGUCUAUGGAGUGGGCACAUGGCAUUCGUUUAGGAUAUGACAUUGCCCUGUUUCCUGCAGCUCCCUUGUAAAGCAGCAUCAUAUUCAUCCAUUACAUUUGCUGCAAAACACUCUACCUUGAGUACUUCUUAUGUCUUUACAGUGUGUCCAUAGAACGCCCCAGAGAUGAUGUUUUUGUGUAGGCCGAUGCAGAAGUUAGCUUCAACCUGGUACCUCAGUGGCAAACAAACACUUAUGAUCCUUACAUUUUUUGUGUAGUAGGAUAAUCUUCACGAUGAACACCACUUUCAGGAUUUUGGAAACCUCUAUGGUGUUGCCAGAGGUUAUAGAAGCUAUAAUUAGGCUACUAACAAACUACACUAUGGUUGCAAAACUUAACAUUGCCAUCACAAAGAGGCUGAAAAGCCAUGUUAGGGUGGUUUGGCGUGAUGACGUUCUUUAGUCUCAUUUGUUAGCAAACAGGAUUUAAGACAUGAAACUGUCAAAGUUUGUGAGUGGGGUAUUUUAGCAAAAAUACAUCUUAAAAGAAAAGUCUGUUUCAUUUUAACCUCUUCCUACAGAUUAGGCUCUGAAGGAUAUUUUCAAAAUGUAUACAGCCAAAAUUUUCCAGCUUCAUAGAUUUCUGGGUUCAGAGAUUUAUCAUGUGGAUUCAGAUCCAAGACUGCUGUAAAGAUGCAUCGGCAGUUUCUUUUCUUAGUUAGCCAUUCCAAAUGUUAAUGACACAAUGUCCAGGUUUCUCUGCAAUCACACAUGUACCCCACUGAAUUUGACAUGACUUGUUGCUCUCAGAGUGAACACAGAGUCACUCAUCGAAGCACUGAAGAACUUUUUAUUUUUGAUUUUCAGCUCCUGCUCAUGUCUGUAUGCUUCUUUGUGUUUUUGUCCAGGCUGUAAUUAUAGCAAGACGCAGAAAUAUGUCACCAGUCCAAAUGAAUGUUUACAUUUUCUAUUUCGUACGUCUCAUUUAGGGGGGAAGUGAAAAUCGGAUGGAUGGAGGGAGUAUUUAAUUCUUUGUUUACAUUUGUUGUGCCUGCAUUGUUUGAAUAAUUCAAUGUAAAAAUGCUUCUGUUUCAGUGUUUCUUGGGUUUAUUGCAGUGUUUUUCUGCUGGUCGGUUGAUAGGAAAUACCCGGGGCAGCUGCUACGGUUCAAACAGUUGGUCACCGAUGUUAUCAGAGAGUACAGUUAACGGUGUCAUAUAUCUGUCAGCAUCUAUCAGCUCUGAUGUAACAUGUCUGGUUCACUGCAUUUUACAGGAAGGAUGUGACCUCAAGCAUUUUGUCUGUUACUCAUCAUCCUGUCCAGGUCAGGUCUGGUCAAAGAUAGACAUCAAGUGCUUACAGUUUCUCUUUUGUUGUUGCCUUAACUUUUUCAUUUGAUUUGCCAAAACUGUCCAUGUGGUUUGCUGUUGAGAGUUUAACACUCAAAAGGUCAAAGGGUGACAUGCUUUGGGUUUAGAUUGUCGUCACUAAUAACUGGAAUACAUGGUUUGGGUUUAACUUAUUACCUUAUGUUUUAUGAAACCAUUUUUGCUUUCAAUUACCUCAACUUAUCUUGAAUGUUAACAAAAGCAUGUAGGAUAAUUCUUAACCCUGGAAACAGUCGUUUCAGACAGAUCUCAUAGUUUUUUUCAGUGCAUUUCGUUUGUUACAACUCCAUCCACUGAGGAAAACCAUGAGGCUGAAAGCUCUGGAAGAAGUAAGUGUUUCAGGUCAACUACUUCUUAAACUAGUCCAAAGCCAAAGUGUCGGGAGCUGGUGAAUCACAGAAAAAACUCCAGGUUUUCUUCUUAAAGCAUCUGUAUGUGACAUUCAGAGCAAACCUCCAUUUGCUGUGUAAAGAUAUAGUUUAUUAUUGGCGCUGAGAGUAGAGAAUGAAGUCACACUCCCCCUGUUUGUGUUUUAAACCAAGCUUCCAGCAGGUUCUUAUCCCAAUUCAUCACAAGUUGCCGCUUUGCUCUGGACGUCUGCGUCUACAUAUUACACUCUAGGUAUCCUUCUGCAUUUGCUAUUUAUGAUCAAGGAUGCCGCUACCGUGAUGUCUACACAAGCACAUGGUAGAAUUACGCUGCACGUCAUUAUGUUUAUACAGCAAAUGUACAUGGCAGCCAAUGCUGGGAUGUCAGCAAAAGCACGUGGUGGCAUGGAUGGUUAGAAUUAGGGGAGGGAGGCGCAUGGUAGGGUGUAGGAAAAAAAAACAUAAAAUUCAUACGCAAAGCAAACUCCUGACUCCUUCAUGAAAGUCUGGGAUUUGUUUGAGUCAUCCAACAUCCCUGCUGCCCGCCUGCCCUAUAAGUGCCUUUGUGCUCUUUAUGUUACAUCGUUCCGGGGCAGCAUUUCAACAUGACGCCAUUCCUCUAGGCCAUCUGGCAGCUUGUAAGGCCCCGUUUAGAUGAGGACGGCCCUACUACAAUCAGAAAAGUCUUUCUAUCUUCAUGUGAUAACACUGUGAAAACGAUCCUCAGGUACAUGGACCCGCAAAAACGCUGUAGUAUGCAUUCCAGGCCUGUAGUUGGCAGUGUAACUUUGUAAUGAAACACCAUAGAAGAACACCACAAGCAUGCACAUACAGCCAUGAAGUCACUGUUCUGACAGGAUCUUUGCAUUUCGCAGUUUACACAGCGACAGAAGGGGAUGUAGUUUUCAAAAGAUUGCACUCUGGAACUUGGCUUCAAAAGUUUGCGUUUUCAAGCCCCUAAAACGCUGUUGUCAUAUGAACAAAAGGCAAACAAAAGGUUAACUUUUCAUCAAGAACUGUUGCCAUGUUAACGGCCCCAAAGAACACCGUGACCAGUUCUGUCCGGCUCAUUUUUGGCUGAUGCUGUCCAGGUGCAUAUAAUGCCAACGUGAAAGGUGGUUUUUUGCAUCGGAAUCGUACAUUUGCGCUGGUACUUGGAAUGAGAAUGGGCUGGAGCUUCUCUAUCGGACUUAACUGUUAAAUUGAUAUAGUGGCCAAAAGUGGAAUAACAACUUCCAACAGCGCCAACACUGUUAGCUCUGUCAGCACUGUUGCUGUUGUUUAGUGCUGUUUAUGGAGUUAACAUUGCUGGCUGCUAGCUGUCAGCUCAGCGUCCUCCAUUAUGACAACUCUGUUCAGCCAACUUUAUGCUCUGAAUUUCACAUAGAGCUCUUUUAAGGUUCAGAUUCACCAGUUUGCUAUUUUGGUCUGCAUGGGUGUCUUUUUUUCUUCUUCUUCUUCUUCUUUUUCUACACUGGUGCAAAAAGACUAGACAAAUGUUUUAAAAAUGCCAAAAUCAUUUUGUGAAUAAGCUUGUGAGCUCAAUCUGAAGGUUACCUGUCAUCCCUUAACUCUGGACAGGAGAUCCAAAUGAACUGAGAAGCCUACACAAGUUAACGGUCUGGACAGACAGAACUUUUUUGUGUAACGUCAGUAUUACAUUGUAUUUUCAUGUGGUCAGAUGUAAGACUACUUCAUUGAUGAGCUUUAUUUUUUUAGGAAAUUAUAACAUUGCUUCAAAUCCUUAUUGUUUUUUCUCUUUCCAUAUCAUUUCAUUUACAUUAGUUUGGGUGCUGCAAAACCAAUGUGUAAGGCAAACUACAAAAAACUACAUUUUCUAUGAGCACUAGAAAGCAAAAUAUCACAAAUGUCAAGACAUGUUCAUUCUGAAUUUUACUUUGUAGGCCUUUAGCUGUAAACAGUCAGACAGGUAUUAUUGCUUACAUGAUCUUCGAUUUGUAAAAACUGAGGUUUUAAUUCAGGUUAGAGCAAUACACAAGUGCUCUGAUAUUUGGGGACAACAGGAGGCGGAUUUCCAAUACCCAUUUGUGCAAAAUGAUAUUUUCGAAAUGUGGAUGGAACAAAAUUUUGAGAUGACUGUUUCCAUUGAGUGAUGUUCUGCGACUUUUCCUCUGAUAACAUUCCAAGAAGCAUGGUGAUGGAUGUUCAAAACAUUAGCAGCUUUAUUUCUAUUGCAGCCACCACACUAGCCCUCAUUAUUUCCAAUCCAAGUUGACGUAGGAGUGUUAUGCAAGUGGUUAUGAGGGAUUUCUGGGAAGUGAUAGAGCACGAUUUCACAGAGGAAUUUU